AUGUUUCGCAAUUGGCUUAAGACUGCAACCAAAACCAAGCCUUCCAUGGCCAUUUAUACUGGUAUUCACGGGAAAUCAUCAUUAUAUGAGAAAUUGCAACAACACUGCCGUGGUCAGUUCGAUAUCCAAACGAAGCAAGGAGAUUUAUGCCCUAUGGAUUUCAAAUUUUUGAUGGAGUGUGUUGAUGUUCAUCCUGAGAAUAAGGCCAUCAUUCAUCGCUUAUUUGGAAAAAAUCAGUUCGACAGUCUUUCCGACGAGGACUUCAAUCGCGUUAACUUGGGACUUCCGUUGGUGAUUGACUACGCCAACAAAUUGGUUGCUUCGGAUUGUGAAUCCUUUGACAGAAUAUUGGCAAAUUACAACGGAUGCGGUAUGCAACACUUUCGAUUUGCGGAACAUGCAGAACAUGACCUAGUUCAUCCGAAUUGUGCUGAUUAUGCUGAUUUGUUUUAA